AUGCGCGAAUUGUUGUUGCUCGUGGUUAUCGCUGGAGUGGCUUUGGCGGUUGCGAAAUACUCUUGCCGCGUCCUCUUUGAACCCUUAUUUCUCUUUAAAUUAUCAAUCCAUCUCUGUUCCCUAUCUAUCUAUCUAUCUAUCUAUCUAUCUAUCUAUCUAUCUAAGUCUUUUAUCUAUCUAAGUCUUUUAUCUAUCCAAGUCUCUUACGUAUCUAUCUAUUUAUCUAUCUCAGUUUUAUCUAUCUAUCUAUCUAUCUAUCUAUCUAUCUAUCUAUCUAUCUAUCUGUCCGUCUGUCUGUCAUAUGAAUGGUAUUUUAUGUCGUGGAAGGAAAGAUGGAAAUCUAUCUAUCUAUCUAUCUAUCUAUCUAUCUAUCUAUCUAUCUAUCUAAUUCUUUUAUCUAUCCCAGUCUUUUACGUAUCUAUCUAUUUAUCUAUCUCAGUUUUAUCUAUCUAUCUAUCUAUCUAUCUAUCUAUCUAUCUAUCUAUCUAUCUAUCUAUCGGCCGAAACGUUUCUUUUUUCCUUUCUUUCUGUCUUUCCUAUAAUGACUGUUCUCUCUUUUCAUUAAACUACACUCUUUUUUCAUUCUUUCUCUUUUUAUUCUUUAUUAAUUUUAUUAUUCUUUCAUAUAGUUAUUACUUUUUUUACUAUUAUUUCCUAUCUUCUUUUCUCCUUAAUAUUCUUCCCUCUUUUCUUUUUCUCAUUCUUCUUUGUUCCUUCCUUCUUUGUACCUUCCUUCUUUGUUCCUUCCUUCUUUGUAAUUUCCUUCUUUGUUCCUUCCUUCAUUUCACUAUCAGUCACUUUUUAUUUCUCUCAUUCCUACAGUCUAAGUUUUCUAUUUUCGUAAAACUUGCCAUUUUCUCUUUUUGUGGGAAACAUGGCUACUUCUUCCCUCCAUUCCAUUUUCCGUUUUUAUCUACCAAUUUUAAAAUUCUCCCUUCCUUUUUUCCUUCUUUUUCACUUUUAAUUUCCUUCCUGCCUUCCUUUCUACUUUCAUUUUCACUUUUACUUUCUUUCCGUGAUUCCUUGCUUCAUUUUGGCUUUAAAUUCUUUCCUUUCUUCUUUUCUUCAUUCAUUGAUCCUUUUCUUUUCACUUUUAAUUUCUCUCUUUCCUUUUCGAUUUUAAUUCAGUUCAUUCUUUCCUUCCAUUUCGCUUUUAAUUUACUUCCCUUCCUUCCUUUCUGA